GGGACUAUCUCCCAGCGGCAGGCCCUUCGAUAAAAUCAGGAACUUGCGCUGGCCCUGCAAUGUCGAGGGAGGGGGCUCACCCAGGGCUCCUGUAGCUCAGGGGGCAGGCCUGAGCCCUGCGUCCGCCCUACGGCCAUCCAGCCCCCCGACGGGGCACCCCGUCCUGAGGGGCCCCGCGCUGGCCCCCACCGAGGCAGGGGAUCUGACAGGCUCCGAGCUCGGCUGGAUGUUACAGGCGUGCACAAUGGAAGGGUUUCCCCUCGUCCCCCCUCAGCCGUCAGAAGACCUGGUUCCCUAUGACACGGACCUGUACCAACGCCAGACGCAUGAAUAUUACCCGUAUAUCACCAGUGAUGGAGAAAGCCACAACGACCACUACUGGGACUUCCACCCUCACCACGUGCACAGCGAGUUCGAGAGCUUCCCCGAGAACCACUUCACCGAGCUGCAGAGCGUGCAGCCCCCGCAGUUGCAGCAGCUCUAUCGCCACAUGGAGCUGGAGCAGAUGCACGUCCUCGACACCCCCAUGGCGCCGGCCCACACCAGCCUCGGCCACCAGGUCCCCUACCUGCCCCGGAUGUGCCUCCCAUACCCAUCCCUGUCCCCACAUCAGCCCAGCUCAGAUGAGGAGGAGGGCGAGCGGCAGAGCCCUCCACUGGAGGUUUCUGAUGGGGAGGCGGAUGGCCUGGAGCCCGGGCCUGGCCUUCUGCACGGGGAAACAGGCAGCAAGAAGAAGAUCCGCCUGUACCAGUUCCUGCUCGAUCUGCUUCGCAGCGGGGACAUGAAGGACAGCAUCUGGUGGGUGGACAAGGACAAGGGCACGUUCCAGUUCUCGUCCAAGCACAAGGAGGCGCUGGCGCACCGCUGGGGCAUCCAGAAGGGCAACCGCAAGAAGAUGACCUACCAGAAGAUGGCGCGCGCGCUGCGCAACUACGGCAAGACGGGCGAGGUGAAGAAGGUCAAGAAGAAGCUCACCUACCAGUUCAGCGGCGAGGUGCUGGGCCGCGGCGGCCUGGCCGAGCGCCGCCACCCGCCCCACUGAGCCCGCAGGGCCCCCAGGCCUCCCGCGGGCCACAGCAUUAACCCCCCGCCGGCCCGGACACAGGGAGGACGCCCGGGGCCAGGGCAGGACUGGCGGCCACCCUCCCUCGCCUCCCCUCCAGCCCCGCUUGCCCCAGGGGACCCCAGCUCCGAGGUGCCCGCAGGCCGCCCGGGCUUCGGUCGGCCUCGCUCAGUGGCCAGGGCGCUUCCUUGGGGCUGUCUCUUGUCACUUCUGUAGAUGGAUGCUCCUUUCUAAGCAUCACCUUCUCCCACCGCCCUCACCCUUUAGGAAGGAAGUAAAGUCUUGUUAGACACCA